UUCAAUUGCAGUGGCGAAGCUGGUACAAUGUGUUGCAGCUGCUGUGGUGUAACUCAGCAGAAAGUGUGGGUCUUUCUAGUAGCCACAGUGUUUCUUGCGCUCGGGCUGGUCCUAGUAAUUUGGUGGCCAAAUUAUGUUACCGAUUACAUUUACGAUGUGUUACCACUCACCGGCUGCUCGAAGUCCUUUGACAUGUGGAUGACUCCACCUAUACCGGUCUACUUGUAUAUGUAUCUUUUUAAUUGGACGAAUCCGGAGCAAGUGCGCGUAGCGGGUGUGAAGCCAAACUUUGAACAAAUAGGACCAUUUGUUUAUACGGAAGUCAAAACUAAGGAGGAUCUGACUUGGUACUCAAAUAAAACCCUUUCAUUCUACGGACAACGCGUGUGGUAUUUUGAACCCGGAAUGUCAGGUGCAUCAAUAGACACACCUAUCACUUUACCACAUCUACCCUCAUUGGCCGCCGCGAGUCUCAUGCGAGAUGCAUCGCGGAUCGUCAAAGUUGCUUUCAAUGUUGCGCUUAACAACAAUGGUGGCGCACUCUACCAGACACACACCGCCGGCGAAUGGCUCUUUGAUGCUUUCUACGAUGAAUUUCUUGACUAUGCCAUGAAACUAAAUAGUUCGGCUAGUCAGGCUAUAGAGUCGAAUGAAUUUGCACUUUUCCUCAAUCGUAAUGGUACUAAGGAAUUCGAAGGCCUAUUCACCAUACACACCGGUCAAGGUGAUUUGCGGCAAAUGGGUGAAAUUAAAUUUUGGAAGGGUUUAAAUCACACCGGAUACUUUGAGGGCGAAUGUGGCCGUCUAAAUGGCAGCACUGCCGAUCUGUUUGUACCAAAUCGUGGUUCAGAUGAAUACAUAACCGUAUAUAUUACCGAUACAUGCCGCAUCAUCAAUCUGGUGCCAAGCGGCGAAGUGGAAUUUCAGGGUAUUAAAACCAUCAAAUACGAAACAAAACCGGACACCUUUGAUAACGGUCAACGCAAUCCCGAUAUGGCAUGCUAUUGUCCAUCUGACAAGCAACCAGAUAAUUGCCCGGCAACUGGCGCAACCGAUUUGAGUUCAUGCACUGAAGGUGUACCCAUGUAUCUGUCUCAUCCACAUUUCAUGUAUGCUGAUGAAAGUUAUGCCGACACGGUCACGGGACUCAGUCCCGAUUAUGAAAAACACAAUUUCUUCAUUCUAAUGGAACCGAAGUUGGGCAUACCGCUGCAAGUGAACGCCAAUGUAAUGGUUAGUCUGCAUAUAAAAAACGACAGAUAUAUUAGCAUAUUGCGUGGUAUCACUGAUUUUUAUGCGCCACUCUUUGUGAUCAGCAGCAAGGCUGAGACCGAUAAGAAAUUCGCAAAGCAAAUAAAACUCAUUUUAAAUUUGCCAGAUAUUGGGCUCUAUGUGGGAAUCGCACUUAUUUGUAUAGCCUGCAUCAUGGCAGCUAUAGGCAUUUACUUAUCGGUUACACAUCGCUGGUAUGGAGAAAGAAAAGUAGCCGAAAAGUAGACGAGAUCUUUAAUUAAAAGUAAAUAUGAUAUUAUUACUCAUUCGAAAAUAAAAUGGAUGAUAUAGAUAUAAGUAUGUAAGCAUAUGCACAAAGCAGUAACAGAAGCUAAUGCUAAAUUGGUUCUUUGGACAAAAAUCUCUGACACCUAUUGUGUUUUUUUUUUUGUUAAUAUUUAUGCGUGCCGCCAACACUUAGAAAAUUACCUUGAAAUUUGUAUAAGAGAAAAUACGCUUUUCUGUGAAUUUGGUAUAAAAUGUUAACAGAUCGAUAUUAUUUAAGCUCCUCUUUUAAUUUAUUCUCUUCACAAAUGUGCUUGAAUGGCACCAAAAAUA